AUGUCGACAAUCAUCGAGAGUGAGGCGGCCUUUGAAAAGAGGUGCCUAGAGGUUCGUGGUGACGGCUCCCUUACGGCGGGACUGUCGACUCAAGGCGUCAAAUCUUUUCGCUCACUUGCAUUCGCUCUGGGGACCCCUCAAAGUCCACCGACCGAGGAUGCCUUUAGGGAGCUUGCGAAACUUGUUUAUGCAACAGGUGAGCCGACUGUAGGUGAGUUGUCCAGUAUCAGACAGUUGCACUUUGAGGCAUCCACCUUGGUGAUUCAGACUUACAGGGACAUGGUGUCACAUGAUUCGUCAGACGGUGCACCCAUGAGGAAGCUUCCGCUGCCAGAGAAGCGAGCGCGCAAGGAAUCCCAGCAGUCUAGGUUGGGAGGCAUAGACAUGGAUGGGGAGCUUGACCCGUCAUAUCAGUUGAUCGAUGCUUGCAACCAUCAAAUGGAGAAUGCCGUGAUUUAUUGGCUUGCCCCUUCUAAAUGCCCUAAACGUGAGCAAGAGGUGAUAGCAGGUUUCAAGGAGAAGCCAAGCACACUCCAAGUUGAGAACAACACUGUCAAGGUCGGUGGACCGAGUGUUACUGUAGAGUGUGAUACUUCGGAUUCGUUGCGCUGUCAGUGGGCUUGGAUGCGAAGGGGCCUUGCUUAUGAUCAGUGCAAGAUGCUUUCGUACAACGUUCAUCAGAAAUGGAUUCAGAAGCUCUUGGACUGCCUGUCACAGGUCCCUCCGCCGAAUUUCGCUUCCGUUACAUUGACUCAGUGCGUCAGGGCAGACAAGGAGAUGUUCUUGCUCAUGUCACAGGAGGGCCUCCAGUCCUUCAAGCCAGGGCCCUCAGGUGUCCCUCCCCUUGAUGCAGUGAUGACUCGCUUGGCCUUCGAUCAGCGCAUUACACAGUUCUUGCUUCCUAUGCAGAAGUCGCAGGUUGUGAAAGUUGCACCGACAAAGGUGACAGAGGACGACAAGCCACCGGCACCUCAUAAGGUGCCACGUGUUGCGACUGAGAAGGCUAAGGCUAAGGCGAAAGCACGAGGAGGCCCGAAGAACAAGCCGGCGGCCUUGGCAGCAUAUGAUACCAGGACAAAGUUUGGCAACGCGUGCUGGGGUUUCAAUCUUCCCGAUGGCUGCUCAAACAAGACUGAGAAGGAUCCGAAGUCAGGCUUCCAGAAGUGUGAUAAGGGCCUCCACGGAAAUGCAGCUAGUUUUCACUUUGUGCAAGCCUCCGCCCCUUCUGAUGGAACACCCGUUGAUGGGGUUUGCGAGGAUGCUGAUGCACUGUCCGGGUCCGUUGAGCGGACUUUAGGUUCGGGGGCGGCUGGCCCUUCGAGCAUGCAUGCACAGGUCGGGAAAUGCGCCGACGUUGAAUUCCUUCGUUCGAGGCUGGCUAUGAAGCGUACCUUCAGCCAGUGCUCGAAAACCAAUAUCGAAACUGAGAGCCCGGAUGCUUGCAUGGCAUCUCGAGCUGACGAUCAGGUAGGCCGUGGCACUGGAGUCGCGGACCCCGGUCCCGCGGAUACCCACGAACAGAUGGCUCGCAUCAUGCUGCAUGCGAAUGCUUUUACGGCAAGCAACUGCAUUCGCUUGUUCGAUGCUUGCCCCAAGGACCGUGCGCUUCGAAAUGUGCAGGACGGCUCAGUUGCAGGAACUCGCAUCAGCUUCGGGUUCUAUGUCCGAGGUGGUAAAGCCAGCAUCUUCAAUGCUUGUGCAUCGGCACCUGCCACCUGCAGAUUCUUCACUUCGGUGGUUCGAUUUGUUGAUCCCUCACAUGUUUUCGGGGCUAUUCAGAUCCUUUCUGAUGUCCGCUCGGAGAUUCAUCUUGACAAGGCCAAUGAGAAAGGAUCGAAGAACCUUAUCAUUCCCCUCACUUUCUUCGAGCAAGGUCAGCUCUGGAUCCGGGAUGAAGCAGGACAGCAUGUGUGUCAGCAUGGGGAUAAGUCUUUGUUUGGAAAGUUGCUCGACGUUAAUGCCGGGCCCCUCCACAUCGAUCCUUCAGUGCAUCAUGCUGUUCAGCCCUGGCAAGGUCGAAGAGUGGUGUUGAUUGCAUACAUGCCGUCUUUCGCUGAUAGGCUCAGUCGUCAUGACAAGUCUGCGCUGUCUGAACUUGGCUUCGUGUUCCGUCAUUUUGCAGGUUCUUGCCCAGCCCCUUUACGGGACAUCCGUGAGCAACCUUCUUCUGUAGUUGACAAUCGCACUGCUGAGGAAUUCUUGAUCUUGGAGCUUUGUGCAGGUCAAGCAGUGCUUUCACGAACAGCUGAUUCGCUUGGUUUCAGAACUCUUGCAGUUGACAACAACCAGUUUCGGUCACCUGGUAAACAGGUUUUGCGCCUGGAUCUUUGUGAUCCCGAUAACAUCGAUUAUCUUCUUGAGAUCAUCUCUGCUGAGAAAGGUAAGCUUGCUAUGGUCUUUUUGUCGCUGCCCUCAGGCACGGCUAGUGUUGCUCGAGGCAAACACAUCAGAAAGUGGGAAGAUCAGGGUUACCAGCUCCCUGUGGAGUUGAGAAGUGCUUCGCAUCCGGAUAUGAUUCCCGGGCUUUCUUCGCAGGAUCGCAAGAGGGUCGAGGUUGCCAAUCAGCUCUAUUUUGAGACUGCUAGGUUGAUCUUGGCCUGCGUGGAGCAGGGCGUUUUGACUGUAGUCGAGAAUCCUGAUUCGUCGCUGUAUUGGUCAACUUCAUUCUUUCAGUCAAUCACUGCCGUAUGUCCGGGGUUCUUUACCCGUUUUCACUUGUGCUGCCACGGAGGUGUCCGCCCUCGCUUGCUCCGCUUGUGGUCUUCCAAGGACGUAUUCAGUUCGCUUGAGGCUCGCUGCGACAACUCGCACACCCAUCAGCCGUGGCAGCCGCGCCUGCUUGGGCGCAAGGUCAAAUUCAAGACUGCUGACGAAUCCGAGUAUCCGUCUGUCUUUUGUCUUCGGCUGCUUUCUGCUUUGGCUCAUUCCGUCCACGUGAAGUUGGAAGCGUCGUCGGCGCAGCAGUCUGUCCCAUUUCACAGCAAAAGCACUCGUGUUGCCUUGGGUCUUCAGCCGCGUGGGGCUUCCUUCGGGCCGUUGGUUGCCGAAUUCUCGCAUUUUCUCUCAUGCUUUUGUCCUCCGACUCGGCCACAAGUCUUGCUCGACUUUCUUGCAGCGCAGCCUAAGGGUUCUCGCGUGGUUCGUCGGACGGAUCAGGUCGCAGCAAACGGCACUCAGGUUGAGCUUGUGACGAUUGGCAUUCCUUGUGAUCCUUCCGAGUUCAUUCGAAGGGCUUUGAUCACGGGACAUCCCAGGAGUUUCGAACUCCAUCUUGAACCCGAAAUCGAUGAUGCGAUUCACGCAAACUUCGUAGGUGACCCUAGUGACUUAGCUCGAGCCCGAAUCGACUUUGUCAAGAAGUGGAGUGCGAGGGCCAAGGAGCUUCAACCCGAUGAGGACAAGCUUCACUCUGAGAUGCCUAGCUACCUAUCUCAGGUAUUGCAAGGCAAACGUCUUCUUCUGUUCAAAGAAAUGAUGCAGGCAGCCGGAUGCAGCGAUGAACACCUUUUCAGGGAUGUUGUGUCAGGCUUUCGCAUUUCAGGCUGGAUGCCGGCCACCGGCAACUCAGGACCUAAGGUCAGAGCUCCUAGGAUGUCGGUGGACACCCUCAAACUGAUUGCCCCUGGAUUGAACAAGACCGUGGUGUCUAAGCUUGCUCGCCGUCAGGACCCUGAGCUUGAGGCAUCCGUGUGGCAAGAGACACAGAAAGAGAUCGAUCUUGGUUGGGUGUGGGUUUCGACGGAGAUCUCUCUUAGCAGCAUUGUCAUGCGAUUUGGUAUUGUUCAAAACGGGAAAGUCCGCUUGAUCGAUGACUGCACCAUCUCAUGCCUCAACUUGACGGUUGGACUUUGCGAGAGAUUCGAGCUACACACGAUUGAUAAAUUGGCUGCGAUUUUGUCGUGUGCACUUGAAAGGUCUCCUGCCGCAAGCUUGAAAGGCUGGGUUGGGCGAAACUAUGACCUCAAAUCUGCAUACAAACAAUACGGCGUGCACCCGGUAGACCGCUCCUUUGUGAGACUGGCAGUCAAUAAACCAUGGGAGGACGGCCCACUUCUCCUUGGUCUGAACGCAUUACCAUUCGGAUCUGUUGCCUCAGUGAGUGCAUUCUUGCGUGUAUCAUUCGCCAUCUGGAAGAUAGGUGUUGUGCUGGCAAGAAUAGUUUGGAUUGCAUAUUUUGACGACUUUUCGAAUGUUUGCCGGAACAUCUUGAAGGACAACACGGCCUGGGUUAUCGAGUGCUUGUUUGACCUGCUAGGGGUUCGCUUCGACAGGUCGGGUAAGAAAGCGAUUGAUCAUGCAACUUCUUUUGCAACUCUGGGUUUGCAGGUUGAUCUUGCAAAUACGGAGGACCGUGUGAUUCUUAUCGGCCACACCGAUAAGAGGCGUGAUGAACUGUGCGCUUCGCUCAGCGAAGUUCUUGAGCAGGGUAAGAUGGAGCCUAGGCCUUUUGAGAGGCUGAAAGGGCGCAUGGUUUUCUUCGAAGGUUACAGCUUCGGGAGAGUGAGCAACCAAGCCGUCCGGACUUUGUCGAGGGCUUGCAAACACGCUAACUCGGCCGUUCACUUGAAUGCUCUACACAGGUCUGCAUUGCAUUUCUUGAUCGAGCGAACCAAGUCAGCUGAGCCUUUGAGGGUUCAGCCUUGCCUCCGAGCGACUUGGAUUCUUUUCACGGACGGAGCUUGUGAGGCUGAGAGAUCUUGGGGUGGCGUCGGAGGCGUCCUUUUCGCCCCGAAUGGCAGCUGUGCUGGCUACUUCGGUGAGUCGGUCCCAGAUGAGCUCAUGAAUCAACUCUUGUCGUUUUCGAAGAAUCCAAUCUUCGAGCUUGAGAUUGCUCCAAUCUUGAUUGCAUACGAACUGUGGAAGGGUCUUAUCCAGGGAGCACAACUCGUGUGCUAUCUUGAUAAUGAGGGAGCGCGGUACUCUUGCAUCCGUUGCUUCGCAGAUACUUCGAGUGUUGCCGAUGAUUGGGUGCGUGGCAUCCUUCACCUUGAAUCUCAAGCACAAAUGAAUGUGUGGUACGGUGCAGAGGCUUUGCAGGUACAGGUCGCGUCCGACCUGGGUGAAACUUUGCAGAUUGCAGCUUGCGUCUUGUUCAAAGGACUCUUCAGCCAUUCGCUGACUGUUGGCUUCAAGCUUGAGACAGGCAUUGCAUGUCAGUGCAUGAAACAGCAAUGCUCUCAUGACAUGGAUGUUGCACUUGAAAUUUUUAGUUCAGUUCUCUGCCGGCUGGGCCGGCCCAUGGAAGCAGCUCUUGCGGAGUUGCGAGCCGAGGUUCUUGAGUUUCAGGACCAAGUGGCUGUGCGCUUGGCCAGACUGGAAGCUCGAGUGUUGCUGCAAGCCCAGUCACCUCAUACUAGCACGACAUCCAGUACUGCCGCUUCUUCCGCCCUGGGUGCUGUUGACCUAGGGGACUUAGUCUAUCAGCCUCACGUCUGUGCAGUCUUGUGCGAGUUCUUGUCUUGCUCAGACCGCGUGCGGCUCCUGCAGAGCUCGCCUGACAUUCUCGACCCUGCGCGGCACUCAUUGUAUCGCCUGGCCUUGACGAUACGCCUUCAGGUGCUGCGGCUGCCUUAUCUCAUGAGGCCGCGGGCCUUGCAGAAGGGAGUGACAUUAGUAUCCGUUGAUCGAGCUGUGCAGCAGGCUGUGGCCCGCUUUGCUGAGGAUCCGGUUGCAGCCUUGCCAUUGCCUUGGGAAACCCCUCUCAUGAAAGCGAUAUUUUCAGAAGAUGAUGCAGCAGCACUUACAAAUCUUGUUCCGGCAUCGUUUGCUUUAAAGGGGACGCCUCCGCCGUUGCCAGGGGCUUCGCGUACGAACCUUGGCUCGGCUAAGCAGCCAUCAGCUUUGAAGCUUGAAGGAAACAUUUGCGAGCAUGCCAUUCGGAAAUUCCGUGACGAUGACGAUCUCUUGAAAGAGGAAAGGUUGCUGCACCGUGCAACCGCCAAAUGGGCUUUAGUGGUUUUUCGGUACGCCAGGGAGCUUAGCCUUGCUCCUGAGACUGAGGAGGAGAUCAUUGCUUGCUUUGGUACCAGGUCGGUGCACACUAUCACCAAGCGUGCCAACACGUUUGCCGCUUACUUGAGGUGGUUGGAUGUUGUGUCUAACUCCAAUGUGUCUGCUUUUUGUGAUGCAGCUUACUGGAAGUACUUGAAGUUCUUGGAAUCGUCUGGCGCGGCUGCCUCGAGUGCCACAUCCUUUUUGGCCUCCGUGAGGUUUUGCAAGUUCGUGCUGGGGUUGUCCCGCGUGGAGGAGCCCAGCCGCAAGUGUGUCGGCCUCGCAGAGAAAUUAGCUGGUCAGGCUGGGGUUGUUAGGCAGGCAGCGCCUCUGACGGUGGACCAAAUCCUCGUGAUUCACGAAGCCUUACACAGUGAACAUACGAGCAGGUGGGACCGUGCUUUCUGUGCUUACUGCUUGGUUGCCUUGUACGGCCGUGCCCGCCAUAGUGACUUGAAGAGGGUCUCCCAUAUUGAGUGGGAUGUGCCGCAGGACACCGAUCGGUCGCGGCAAGGCUCCCAAGGUUACCUUAUCAUCUACACCAAGCACCAUAAAACAUCCAGGGCCACGGCGAAGAAACUUCGGCUGCUCCCCAUUGUUAUUCCAGUUGCAGGAAUCCACAGCAGGCCUUGGAUACACGCGGCCCAGGAUGCCUUUGUGGCUGUGCACUUAACCUUGAGGGGCGAGGUUGGCGGUCCGUUAUUUCGGCCGCCUCGGAGUUUCGACUCCCUUAGCUUAUGCAGACGUAGCAUCACAUCCGACGAAGUGUCAGUUUUCGUUCGGCUCUUGCUCGGCCUCAGCCGCGAUGCCCCUAGUGAAGGGGAUCGAGUUACGAGCCACAGCAUGAAAAGGACCUGCCUUUCCUGGGCCAGUAAGGCGGGUUUUGACCGCCUGACUCGGAGUUGCCUAGGAAGGCACGCCUACGCGACUGAAGGGACUGAGGCUAUUUAUUCGGUGGAACUUAGUUUGCCGCAUGUGCAAAAGCUUGAGGCCCUCAUCAAGUUCAUCGUGAACGGAUCCUUUGCCCCAGACGCAUCAAGGGCAUUGAUGUGGGCGUUCCCGCCGCCAGCUGCUGAGAUUGCUUCGCCAGGACAUUUCCCGGUGCCUGUGGAGACUUCCAGCGUACCGCUGGCAGAUGAACGGCCCAGAACCCAAGCUUAUGACUUGGUAGAGGACAUCACGCGCAUGGGAAACCUCGUGUGCAAGACCUGUGAGCGAAACUCGUUGGCAUGCGCCGCUGGUGCUAUUGUGGGCUACGAGCCUCUUGAGCGAACAUGCGAUCGGGAGGAAGUGGAGGGCACGUCCUGCGGCGCCGCUAUGACAUCGUUGGUGGAAUCAGAAGCCCAUUUCGUGCAGCGUGCAGCUGAGGUGCGGCUGUCAGACGCUUCAGUGCAGGCGUUGCGGCGCCAUGGGUUCAGGACCUUGGGGCAGCUCGCUUACACAGUGGGCCAACCAGGCCAGUUGAUACCGGAGGCUGAGUUCACCGAUUGGUGCCGCAAUCAUGUGCCAGCAGCAUCAGCAGCUGAUCUUGCAUCGUUGAAGCGGUUAUUGUUUGAGGCACAAACAUUAGCACUCACGCAGCUCCGAGCUCAGGUGACCGAACCCGAUUCAGCUAGUAAGCGGGUUCCAGAGGCUGAGCGUGAGCGCCGGCUUCAGCAGUUGCGGGAUGAGCUGAGUGGCCUCAACAUCGAAGGGCCCCUGGAGCCGGGGCGGAAGCUUUUGGAUGAAUGCUCUCAUCAGGCUUGUAAAACAUUGUACCAGGCCUCGGGUGCUAAUCACGGCGUUGUAGCUUCUUCGAGGUCUUCUGACCUCGCAUGGUCCGCGGCUGGCAGUCUGAAAUUUUGCGGCCUGAAAGGCCGCGACAGUCUGUGCGGCGCCAACGCCGCCGCCUCUCCGGGUUACACCUGCCCUUGUGACUUCUGGGCCUUUCUGCUGUCAGAAGCUCCUGGGAUGGAAGGGGGUGAAUCGGCAGAAGCUUCUUAUGAUGUUUGGGGGCUGAUACAGGAUGGCCCUCCCGCAGCCGGGGCCCCCUUUGACGAACACCUGGAUGGUCUACUUCGAGAUGACCAAGAGGAUGUUCAGCAGUUGGACAUCGUGAGUAUUGAAGGAUUAGCAAGUCACGCUGAGAGCGAGAUUUUGGAUUUUUCUGCGGAUGAGAGAGAGUGGUAUUCUCAAGUUCAGGACAAUGACUUGGGAAGCUUUGAGUGCGUGGAAGAAGAGAUACCUGCCUCCUCUCCUGCUGCUCCGCUACUUUUGCCAGUAUCACAGUCCAAUAAGCUGUCUUGGCUUGAGGGACCGAUGGCUGAGCUUGAUGCUUCUCAGAUGGUUGGCCAGAGCGAGGCUGCCGAAAUCGGUGACGCGACGGCUUCACAGGCUCCCGCUCCCCCUGAGGAUCAGCACGUGGGUGCCGCCGAUGUGGAGUCUUCUGAGUCUGCCGAGUCAAUUGUGGGGUAUGAGCCAAUGCCGCGCUCCGGCCAGGAGCUUAGACCGCCUUUCGAAUGCACCGUGGCCGAGCUUCGUGUGCAUAGCCUGUCUGGCAUCGUUCAUCGACUCAGGGACGAGGGCACUUUGUUUUGUGGGCGUCCCCUGACAGACAGAUACAGGGACUUCGAGGAAGACGAUGCCGAUGACCCGGACACCUGCCAUCAGUGCAGCGUGGAUCCCGCGCCCGUUGGCUCAGACAGUGACCGAAGCAUUCUGCUUCGAUACUGUGACAACGGCCUCAGCAACGAUCUUCUCGGUAAGUUGAUUGAAGCCGGCUACAACACAUUUGGAAAGCUCGCUUUCGCCGCUUCUUCCACACCGCAGGGUUUGACAGACGAAGCUGUCGAUUCAUGGCUAGCCACUGUGGUCACCCCGUCUCCUGGUUCUUUUCAGGUUUCGGUGAUCCGUAGGUUGCUUUUUGAAUCGCAAUCACUCAAUGUGGCGGAUCUCAAAUCUAGGGUCGAAGGCACGCCGGAAGGUUCCGUGCGUCGCCUGCCCCAGGCCGAGAGAAAGGAGCGCAUCGAGGCGCAGCAUCGUAGGCUGUCGGGUCUCAUUCUGACUUCGCAUACCACUCCUGCGCACAGCUGUAUCGACCUUGUGACUGACAUGUACGAGAAUAACACACUCAAGUACAUUCCGAUUAACAGAUGGAUAUCCCGCUUCCAAGAAAUGUCUCUUCAGAAGAAGGAUUCUGCCGUUCAGAUGGACAACGAGGGCAACUUGAAGGUCGUCCAGAAAAAGCCGGAGCCUACGUGCGACACCACUGGCAUGUACCCUCUCCGGCAGGCCUUCCAGAGACGGUCGUUAGCAUUUGAUCUAGGUCACUUGUGCAGUUUUGAAGCAAUGGAAACAUGGAUCAACCAACUCUUCGAGGCAGUUCAGCGUACCGUGCCAAAGGGAUAUGUAGCAGUCAGCUUGGGACAAGUCGUUACGGCAGAUCGUGAGCUUUUUGUCCGGUUGGCCGACAAGCUUGAAGGACAAUUGCAGAAACCCAUAGGUGUGGAGAAACCCAUGGAUGCAGCUUUGCGUGACCUCUCGGGUAGCCAGGAGAUAAAUCAAUUUCUCCAGCCGAUGGUAGCUCCUCCUCCUGCACCACAUCCCACGAAGCGCCCUUUCAAGGAGCUUGCCACGCCUAACAAAGGCGACGGAAAGGGCAAGACAUCCACCAAGGGCGGCGAGAAAGACGGUGGCAAGGCACCUCGUGUAACCAUUCCGGAUGGCUGUGCGGCCAAAGUCCUCGCGCAGGCCAUUUUGGCCAGAGGGAACCUCCUCGCAGCCUCCGAGCAGUUUCAGUUGUGGGGCCUACGCAAAGGGAACCAUCGUACCCCCAACGGGGUCAUUGCCGUGACUUCUUUUCAAGGAGGUGGCAUCUGGAUUGCCGAUGGAUGCGGGCCUCACAAACGGACAAUCAAGGGUGACAUCGUGAAAGGCUCAAUCCUUAGCCUCGAGACCCCGAUCACUUUUGAUGCCUUCAAAUACCCUCACGAGACGGAAAGCUGGGUUGGCGAUAGAUUGGUUUGCGUGGCCUUCACUGAGCAGCCACCUGUGAAAUCAGACUCCUGGGUUUACGAGCUCUUCGCUGGCACUGCCCGCUUCAGCAAGGCUUGCAAGGAUUUGGGCCUACCGUCACUGAAUGCAGCGUCUCAGCAGAGCCUUGCCGUGCGCAAGGACAAUGUACUGUAUCGCUUCGUUUACAAGCUUUUGCUACAUUGUUCUGCUUCAGGCAUCAAUGUCAGUGUCGAGAAUCCCCGGACUUCGCUUUUCUGGAAGGUUCUUCAGUGCUUUGCCGAGGCCGAGGGCUUGCUCUGGCCUCCGGCCGCCUUGGAGUACGUUGAUUUCGACCAGUGUUGUCAUGGUUCCGAUCGCCCGAAGUCCACUCGUUUCUUGUGCACUCGAGGCUUGUUCCACUCGCUUCGAGCUACUUGUCCAGGCAAUCACGAGCAUCGCCCGUGGGGCCUUGUGUUCCAUGAGCGUUCUAUGCAGUUGUCGUCUUCUUCCGUGUCGGCAUACCCCGUUCUGCUUUGCAAACGCAUGGCCUCCUGUCUGGAGAGCGCGGCUUUGUUCCUGGGUCUGUCUUUGCAGGCCUCUCCUGACCUGGCAGCCAACUCUGUUGCUGUUCUUGGUCGGCAGCACCGCCGAUUUCCCCCCUUGAUUCCUGAGUUUCGCAAGGUCACUUGGGAGCCGCCCUCUUUCCAGCCUGACGACUCUUGUCGCAUCCUUCUCUCUCAGAUUGCUGGGGAGGAUAGCGGGAGAGAGAAUGCAGCCGAGGACGCCGACAAGGAGGUGAACCCUCCUACAAAGCUCCCCAGAGUCGCAGAUAAGGUGUCCAGCAAGGAUCACGUGGCAAAGGCCUUGACCUUAAAGCAUCCCGUCGACACUGCCGUAGCCCUUGAUCAGGAUCAGCUUGAUGCCAUCAGCUUCUGCAUGAAAAACACAGAGAAGGAGGUGGUAGAUCAUCGUAAGCUUCAACUCUUGAAGAUAAAGAUCCUCGCCAAAAAGUUUGAGGCCGACGAGGCUCGAUUGCAUUCUUCUUUCGACCCUUGGUUCGAGAAAGUUGUGGCGGGAAAGCGUCUUCUUCUGUGGAAACACCUUCUUGAGCAGAACAAUUUCGAUGACAUGCAAGUUUGCGAUUUCAUGAUGUCGGGCGUCCCGAUUGUCGGGCAGUCAGCCUGCCCUCAGCCUUUCAGCCGAAAGAUUGUGCCGGCUACCAUGACGGAGCAGGAUCUCAAGGGUACCGCUUCGUUUCGCCGGAAGGUCAUGACUGGAUCCAGUGGCAUGCAAGCAGCCGAUCUACAAGACUUGCUGUCGAAGGCUACGUUGGACGAAGUCGAUCUGGGCUUCCUGGAAGGCCCAUACACCGAGAGCCAAGUGUCUGCUUUCUUCCACUCUGACGAUUGGAACUGCAUACGAAGAUUCCUGAUCCUUCAAGGAGCCGAGAACAAACCUAGACCCAUAGAUGACGGGCAUGAGGCUUUGAUCAACAAUUGCUUCACGGCCACCAUAAAAUUGGAGCUCCAGAACUCUGACUUUGUGGCGGCUCUAGCGGCAAGGAUUGCCAUCGAAGAGGCUGAGAGAUCUCGCGCUACAGGCGAGCCCCCAAGGUCGUGGCUGGGCAAGUGCCUCGAUUUAUCGAAGGCGUACAAGCAGAUGCCAAUGAAGAAGGAGCACCGCUCUCUCGCUGUGAUCUACCACAAGGGCCCUGCAGGCGAGGAUCAAUUCUUCAUUGCAAAUUCGCUGCUCUUCGGACUCACUGCUUCGGUUUACGGGUUCGUGCGCACGAGCAGAAGCCUUCACAAACUGCUGCUUAAGAUUUUCAAGUUGCCCAGCUCAGUGUACUUUGAUGACUUUCCGAUGUUUUCGACAUCGCUUUCUUCCAGUGACACUGACGGCAUCAUCAGCGAAUUCUUGGACAUUCUGGGCUGGGGCCAUGCCAAGACAGGCAGCAAAUCACACCCCUUUGCGGAAGUUUUCUCCGUUUUGGGAAUGCAGGUCGACUUGAGCAACUUGUCGAAGAGAAGCAUCGUCCUAUCGAACAAACCUGGCAGGAUCGAUAGGAUCGUGGAGAAGCUUGAAUCCGUGGCUGCUUCGGGUUUCCUUACGAUUCAUCAGGCUCAGAUUCUGCUGGGCUUGCUCAACUUCUCAUCGGGUUUCUUUGCCGGUCGUGCCCUCAAGCAAUCUUGCAAAUGGCUAUCUGGUUUUCUGGCUGGAGACAGGCCUUCGCCAAAGACCGUCAGCGAGAUGUGCAGGCACACGGUCAAGAUUCUUUUGAGCACGCCGCCCCGCUUCAUAAGCUGCGAUUCGACUGGAGAGCCUCCUAUCCUGAUAUGGACUGAUGGAGCUUGGGAGCCUGCCAAGGCCUUCGCCGGGAUCGGUGCAGUAAUUCUUGAUGCGAGCAGCGGCGUAUCUAGAGUUUUCCAAGGUCAGGUUCCAGAGCGUCUCGUGGUUCGCUGGCGUGAGGAGGUCGGGGAGCAAAUCAUCUGCGAGGUAGAGCUUUAUGCUCUCCUGAUGAUCAGGGCCGGCCUUCAGAAUUUUCUUUCAGGAAGACGAAUCAUUUUCUUCAUUGACAACGAUGCCGCCAGAUCUGUGGUGCUGCGCGGUCAAAGCAGAAGCGAAGCGAUGCAUCGCUUGGCCAUGGCUUUGUCCAUGGUCGAUGCCGUCGCCCCUUGCAUAUCGUGGAUAGAGAGAGUGCCAUCAUCUUCGAACAUAGCGGAUUGGCCCUCCAGGGGCGAAGGUUGGAAAGCUCAGAAGGUCGUUCGUGCAGUGAAGGUGGAGCCUUACUUCUUCGAUCAAUCUUUGAUUGCCCGUGCUCUUCGCAUCGGCUGCGGCCCGGAUGCCAUGGUUCCGAAACUGAAUUCGUUCGAACCCCUGAUCGCUGAAGAGAAAAAGAAGAAUGCGCGACUUUCUCUGCUGCCAACUUUUUAUUUGGAACGGGAGAUACCUUUGAGCCUCGAGCUCGCCCGUGCUCUUCGCAUCGGCUGCGGCCCGGAUGCCAUGGUUCCGAAACUGAAUUCGUUCGAACCCCUGAUCGCUGAAGAGAAAAAGAAGAAUGCGCGACUUUCUCUGCUGCCAACUUUUUAUUUGGAACGGGAGAUACCUUUGAGCCUCGAGCUCGUCACGCAUGCCAAGGAUUCAUCUCGACAGGUGGAAAUCGACCAGAGCCGGCUCAUCAUCAACGAAACACAGGAAGAAUUCUCCAUGCCUGCAUCCUCGGCCCUUCAGGUCCAGGAGGCGUUGCGGCGUCGGGGCCUAGCUUACACAUUUGCCCAAGCUGUCAGCUGGAAUGCAUAUGAUAAGUAUGUGACCAAGCUGUUUGGUCAUAUGCAUCGUGACCCGCCGCCAAACCAUAAUCGCAUUUCGGUGAGCCAGAUCGUCGAAGCCGAUAGAUUGGUCUUUACCCGUCUCAUUGAGCUUAACAUCAAACCCAAACAGGAGCCCAGUGGCGCACGGCCUAUGGACGAAGCCUUGCGUGCAGCACUUGAGUCCUACCAGGUCAGUUUUGCUUUGAUGCACUUGGCUAGCAAGGGGGGCAACACUCCUCGCCGGCCUUGGAAGCGGCCGCGUGUGCAACCGGAUGCCGCUUCUGCCUCAGCGAACUCGGAGGCAAAGAAGGGCAAAGGAAAGGGUAAGAAAGGCAAAGCCGCACCGUGGAUCAGCAUCCCUAAAUUCAUUCGGGACCGGGGCGGUGUGGCCGUCACGCCGGCGGGUGAGGCCAUAUGCUUCACUUACAGCAUCCAUGGGAAGUGCAAUACGCCUGGUUGCACCAGGAAGCAUGCUGCUGCCUCUGGUUGUGCCACGGGUGAUGCUCACGUCUUCCAAGGGCACGGCCCGGUCAAGCUUGAUCCCGCCCUCUUCUCAGGUUUGUGUGAAGAGUUUGGCCGGCAGGUUCCUUUUGUUGAUCAUCCUGCGGAAGCUCUCGCCAGGACGAUUCUUGAAUCCAAGUCCUUUGAAUUCACUUGCAUAGAUGAACUUGUCAGUUUGCUUCCAUCUGAAGCUCCCGCGCGCUCCGAUGGCGUAAAUCCUGGAGGCCAUUCCUGGACCACUGGUGCAUACGUCCUCGGUGGCAACCUGGGAGCCAGGUUGAACAUGAAACUUUUUCCUGCGGUAUCGGCCCUACUGGCCGUUGUGCUGCGCGCCGCUUGCGACGAUGCGGUUUUCACCAGUCUUGCACUGCUUACUAAUCAGUCUGCGUGGUUGCACAGAGACCUCAAUAAUGCCUGUGAAUCGCUCAACACAGCGGUUGCCUUAUCGAGUUUCAGUGGUGGCGGCAUCUGGGUUCAAGGCGGCGGCACCGUGCAGUGCCCACUUGAUCCGAGCUUGGAACCAGGAUGCAUUCACUCUUUUGCUGAUGGAGUUGUGCAAUUUGACUCACACAGCCUGCAUUGCACUCAGCCGUGGGCAGGUAAUAGGUGCAUUCUUGUGGGUUUCGUUGUUAAGGGAUACCAGGCUUUCUCGCCCGACCUGAUAGGCGACCUUUUGAAACUAGGGUUCAACCUUCCCGACUUAGGCACUGGCGAUGUCUUUGCAGCCCCAUCAGGGGUGUCCAGCUUCCCGGUUGUGCUUGAAAUUUUCUCCGGCAUGGGUCGUAUGACGGCCCAGCUCAGGGCUCGUGGGGCCUCUGGAUCUUUAGCAGUCGACUCCAAUCAAGUGUCUGCACCUGCAGCCCCGCCUAAGGUUCUUGACGUUGCUACAAAUCAGCAACUUCUGUCAUCCUGGCUGGAAGCCGAUCAUGUUGUCGGUGUGCAUUUUGCCCCGCCGGUUGUGAUGACCGCACCCUUAGAACGAGCUGUUCAAUACCUCGUCUCUCGAGCUGUGGAACUUGCCCUUCUUGUGUCCAUUGAGCUGCCGGCGGCUUCAACCUUCUGGAGCUCUGCAGCUGGCCGCAAGGUGCGAGACCUCUGCCCUUACGUGAGAGCUUUCCCUCUUGAUGAUUGUGCCGAUGCAAAUGCAAGUUCCUUGCUGGUUAGCAAUCGUGAUGUCUUCGAUGGCUUUGCCGCCGCUGCACAUGGCGCGCCUGCUGUCUCCUCUGAGGCGGCUCAGCUUUGCGAUCGAACAUACACUUGGGAGGUAGCUGCAAAGUUGGCCGAUGGCUUUGUGCCCCGGCGCUUCCUCUUCGCAGCGCCUCAGGUGGCAAGUACACGAGCUGCGACAAUGUCCCAGCCCAAGGCCUCCAAGUUCCCCGCCCUUGUUUCUGAACAUCAGCAGGUCCUGUUGGUGCGCGGUCACAUGGACUGGCCGGUUGCCCGCAUGGAGCGUUUAAAGUCUGACCUUCAAUUGCCUCCUCACCUUCAUUGCCCCUUGCGUGUCCUUCCAGCUGGCGCUCAGUUGCUUCGGGUUACUAAGACGGUUAAAAAGGGGGUUGGUUCGGGGUUUUCGGGUGAAGAGUGGGUGUCGGCUUGGGGUGUUCCGAGGGAUCCCCAGGAGUUUGUGGCUGCGGCAAUCAGGGCCGGACACCCUUGCAAGUGGGAAGCUGCUCUUCCGCAGGUACUGCAGGAUGCCAUCCACCGGAAUGCAUCUUCUUCAGCCGAGCAAUUAGCUCGAGACCGAGCGCUCUUUUUCAAGACGUGGCUGUCAAGGGCGAAGGAGUUGGAAAGUGAAGAAGCUUCCUUUAAAGCAUCUUUGGCACCCCACGUGUCCAGCAUUUUGGCACCGAAACGCUUGCUCUUGUUCAAGGAACUCCUUUCUGCUUAUGAGUAUCCGGAUCCCGAAGUUUUCGAUGAGAUCACGCGCGGCAUCCGGCUCACAGGCCAGACGCCGAACACUGGAAUAUUCCCGCCGACAUUUAAGCCAGCGGUGCGCAAAGCUGUUGAUCUUGAACAAUGGGCCCCUGGAGCUCGGUCUAGAGUUCUGGAGUGCAUCAAACCGCAAGGCGAUGUGGACGCCGUGGUCCAUGAGAAGACGGUCGAAGAGCGGGAAAAGGGAUGGGCUACGGGACCCAUUCCUUUGCAAUCACUGCCGCAGGACAGCUUGAUUAGUCGUAGAUUCGGGCUUAGGCAGGGGGAGAAGAUUAGGUUAGUGGAUGACUUGAGCUUCAGCGGGGUUAACGAAUUGGUUACGGUUCAGGAGUCUCCUAAACCCCACGGGCCAGACGUCGUGGCUGCUGCCAUGUUGACGUUCAUGCGACUCGCCCCAGGAGUGCCCCUUCAAGGCCGACCGUAUGAUUUGCGGUCUGCCUACAGACAGCUGCCGGUGCAUCCAGAAUCUUUGCGACACUCCUAUGUCGCUCAUUGGAACCCCACUGCGGGUUCCAUUGAGCUUGACCAACUGCUUGCACUUCCGUUUGGAGCUUCACGGUCAGUGUUCGGAUUCCUUCGUGUAGCCACAGCCGUGUGGUGGCUGGGAUGUGUGGCGCUAAGCCUGUGCUGGAGCGUCUUCUUUGACGAUUUUAUUACAAUCGCCAAGUCCUGUGACAUCGGACACACGGAGGCAACCGUUUGCACCUUCUUCAGACUUCUAGGUUGGCUAUUCGACGAAUGCGGCUCGAAAGCCGUCGAUUUUAGUACAUCCUUCAAAGCGUUGGGUGUCUUGUUUAAUCUUGCCCAGUCCCCUAAGGGGCUAGUCACCAUUUCCAACACCCCAACUAGGAUCACUGAGCUAACCACCGUAAUUUCUACUUUGUUAGCCUCGCGGAAACUGACAAGGGCGGAAGCACAACGCCUCCGCGGCAGGAUGCAAUUUUGCGAUAGUUUCUUGUUCGGACGGGCCUCGCGCUUGAGCUUGCAGGCAGUGUCACGACAUGUGCAUUCGACACAUGAUGAGGUGAUUGAUGGAGACUUGUGGGACUCGCUGCUUCGUUUCCACAAUUGUUUGCAGGAGAGUAGGCCACACGUGGUCACGGCAAAUCAUCAGGACUCCUUGUUUCUCUUUACGGACGCCUGCUACGAACCCGGCGCCACUUGGUGCGCGGGGCUGGGUGCAGUGGUCUUCGGACCCAAAGGUGAGUGCUUGGGAUUCUUCUCCAUGUGUGUUGGUGAGCAAGUGCGGAAGAAGCUUGGUGAGGGUAUGAAAAAGACUAUCAUCUUCGAGCUUGAAUUCUUAGCCCUACUUGUAUCGUUGAUACACUGGAAAGACCUUUUCCGAAACCGGCCGCUUGUGUGUUACCUGGACAACAACACUUCGAGAGAUGUGUGCAUCUCAGGUCGGGGCAAGAGCGCCACAGCGAAGGCCCUUGCAACGGCUUUGCUCUCGCUGGAAGAUGCAGGAGAGAUUAGGACGUGGUUCUCUAGGGUUCCAUCGCCUUCAAACAUCGCCGACAAACCGUCCCGCGAGCUUUGUGAAUUUCUCGAAAUCAAUGGAGCCACGAUCGUUGCUGACGACGCCUCUCAGGCGCUUCGUGACUGUGUUAGUUUCCUUGGCUGA